UUGACAGGAAGGCGGCCAGGUACUGGACUAGAGGGACCUGUUGCUCGGUAGCUUUGUGUUGUUGCUGUUGUUACCCUUCAAGUCUUUUUCGUCUGGCUUUGUUCCAGGCUUGUCACUCUUUUCAGCGGCAGCGGCAGCGUUGUGUGAUCUCCAUCAGUAUCAACAAGGACUGAUCAUGGCUUCCGGUCACACCGUGUUGAUGCGGCUUGUAGCCUCAGCUUAUUCAAUCGCUCAAAAGGCAGGAACCAUAGUCAGACGUGUUAUUGCUGAAGGAGACCUGGGUAUCGUGGAGAAGACCUGUGCAACAGACCUGCAGACCAAAGCUGACCGAUUGGCACAAAUGAGCAUUUGCUCUUCGCUGGCACGGAAAUUCCCCAAACUAACAAUAAUAGGGGAAGAGGAUCUGCCUUUUGAAGAAGUGGACCAAGAGCUCAUUGAAGAUGGUCAGUGGGAGGAGAUACUGCAGCAGCCAUGCCCAACCCAGUACAGUGCUAUUAAAGAAGAAGAUCUUGUGGUCUGGGUUGACCCUCUGGAUGGUACCAAGGAAUAUACUGAAGGUCUUCUCGACAACGUGACAGUCCUUAUUGGAAUUGCUUAUGAAGGAAAAGCCAUAGCAGGCGUUAUUAACCAGCCAUAUUACAACUACCAGAACAAUGAAAAGCAGAAGUUAAGGGAACACAAGAAUGAAGCAAAGGCAGGACCCGAUGCCACGCUGGGAAGGACAAUCUGGGGAGUUUUAGGUUUAGGUGCCUUUGGGUUCCAGCUGAAAGAGGCGCCCGCCGGGAAACACAUCAUUACAACGACCCGCUCGCAUAGCAACAAGUUGGUGACUGACUGUGUCACCGCCAUGAACCCUGAUGACGUGCUGCGCGUUGGAGGAGCAGGAAAUAAGAUCAUUCAGCUGAUUGAAGGCAAAGCCUCUGCGUAUGUAUUUGCGAGUCCUGGAUGUAAAAAGUGGGAUACUUGUGCUCCAGAAGUCAUUUUACAUGCUGUGGGAGGCAAGUUAACUGAUAUCCAUGGAAAUGCCCUUCAGUAUAACAAGGAGGUGAAGCACAUGAACUCCGCAGGCGUCCUCGCCACACUGCGCGAUUACGACUACUAUGCAAGUCGAGUUCCAGAGUCUGUGAAAAAUGCACUUGUUCCUUAAAGGAAAACCUCAUUUACUUAACUAGGAGAUGGACACUUGAUUCUCAGAAUAAUAUACUUUAAAAUGAAUUGGAUGAAAUUAUUAGAGUUCCCUUUUCACUUAAAUCAUUGUUGAUCAGUGAUUUAUAUUUAGUUACUUAGCAGUAAAAAAGGUAAUGAAAAAAUUUCUUGAUUAAUUAUUGACUCAGGCCAGAAGAAUUUAUAAAGUAAGUGUGUUACUGUUCUUUUCCUCCUUGUGAAAGGAAGGGUUAGUUUCAACUCGCUAUUCUGGUCGAUUGUUUAAUCAACAUUCCUGUUAUUGUGAACAGUUUCUUUAGGGCACAGAAUCACAAGUUGUUACCUGAAUCUCAUUCUUGUUUUUCACAGUAAUUUUAAGUUUUCCUUACUCCAGUUAAGAAUUUACUGAAAUGUCAUGUAUGUUGAUGAAACAGAUUUAUGGAAAAACUUCUUUGUAAUAAAUUAUUUAAUUCUA